UCUUCUUGGUUUUCCUCAAACUCGGAAAUGUCUUCCAAAUACUUACUAGUGUUGUUUCUUCUUGGAGUGGCUCUUUUCAUCACUUCUUCACUUGCUGAUUACCACCAUGAGCCUCCCAAAAAAGAGCAUAACCCACCAGAACACAAGCCCCCAAAACACAAACCACCUCAUGGACACAUGUUGGUAGAGGAGGUUGAAGACUCGCACAAGCCUGAUUUCCCAGGACAUGGUGGAAAGGGAGAGAAGCAACCACCCCACAAGCUUGAUUUCCCAGGACACGGCGGCACGGGUGAAAAGGAACCACCGAAACACAAACCACCUCAUGGACACAUGUUGGAGGAGGAAGUUGAGGACUCACACAAGCCUAAUUUCCCAGGACAUGGUGGCAAGGGGGACCACUAAUCACCAAAACACAAGCCACCGCAUGGACACAUGUUGGAGGAGGAAGUUGAGGACUCACACAAGCCUGAUUU